GACAAUCACAAGGACAGGUGAAACAGAUCAGGGCGUGACAGGGGGCAGGUGCUUUGGCAGCACUCUGGUGCAAUACUCUGAUGACCCCUGCCAUGAUUGGCUGUUCCUUUGUGGUGAACAGAGAAUACUUUAGAGAGAUUGGCCUUCUAGACCCAGGCAUGGAGGUGUAUGGAGGAGAGAACAUUGAGUUGGGCAUGAGGGUAUGGCAGUGCGGAGGGAGUAUGGAGGUUUUACCUUGUGCUCGGGUGGCACACAUUGAACGCACCAAGAAACCCUACAACAACGACAUUGAUUACUAUGCCAAGCGCAAUGCCUUGAGGGCAGCCGAAGUAUGGAUGGAUGACUACAAAUCCCAUGUAUACAUGGCCUGGAAUAUCCCCAUCAAUAACCCUGGGGUUGAUUUUGGAGAUGUUUCUGAGAGAAUCGCCUUGAGGAAGAAAUUACAAUGUCGCAGUUUCCAGUGGUACUUGCAGAAUGUGUAUCCAGAGAUGCGAGUGUACAACGACACCAUCACCUACGGUGAGGUGCGGAACAGCAAGGCCAGUGGCUAUUGCUUAGACCAAGGACCAGAUGAUGACAGCAGUCCAAUUCUCUACCCGUGCCAUGGCAUGACAUCUCAGCUGGCCCGUUACACCUCAGCGGGGCUUCUGCAGCUAGGUCCCCUGGGCUCCACUACGUUCCUGCCCAACACCAAGUGUCUGGUGGAUGAGGGACGAGGGAGGACGCCAAGUCUAAAUAAAUGUGAGGGAAUGUCACGCUCAUCACAGAGGCUUUGGGACUUUACUCAGAAUGGCCCAAUAAUCAGCAGAGACACUGGUCGUUGUUUGGAAGUAGAGAUGUUCAGAGAGGCCAGCUUCGGCCUGCGCCUGGUGGUCCAGAGGUGCUCUGGUCAGAAGUGGACUAUUAGGAACUGGAUCAAACCUCCACGACACUGAGGGUGGUCUCACACUCAAAAGGAGGUACACCAUGUACAGGCCAGCUGAUGUCUACAAAGGGACAUUGGAUCCUUAACUUGUAGCACUUGUACUAUCCUCUUCACAAAGAUUGUGUUCCUUUGGAUUGAGGCUAUAGACUCUGUUGUCUGUCCCUUUAAAGGUCAAGGAAUUUCAAAAGCAUCUUAACACCAACCUUCAACAUCUCAAGCACCUCAAGACCAAGUCAUCACAAAGAAUGGAGGAUACAUAUCCCUACGAAGAACCAUAGAAUGUACCAUAUCCACUACAGAGAUUGUCUAAGACAAUGAGAUUUGUGGUCUGUGAUACUGAAGGAUUUAGUAUAAACGAAGUGGCAUCUCUUCACAAACCUG